GGUGAUUUGACACAAUAGAAAGCCUAUGACAAUUCAGCUCAUUUAGACUUUCAUGUCAGUUUGAUUAUUUUAGUCGUGUUUGAUUUGCACGGGGGGCGCUGAAGUUACCAGACAGAUAACUCAAGUAACUUGUAUGAGUUUGUGAGAGUAGACAGUUCUGUGUAAUGUGAGAAAUCAUUUCAGCCUUAACAUUCUCACUUAAAGUACUUCCACAAUGGGUCAGCGCCUAAGCGAGGACAGUGACCCAGACAAGGAGAUCGACGUGGCAGAGCUGCAGGAAUGGUACAAAAAAUUUGUGGUGGAAUGUCCAAGUGGAACUCUCUUCAUGCACGAAUUCAAGAGCUUCUUCGGCGUUACGAACAACAAGGAGGCUGCGGAUUACAUUGAAAACAUGUUUCGAGCCUUUGACAAGAAUGGAGACAACACCAUUGAUUUUCUGGAGUAUGUAGCAGCCUUGAACUUGGUCCUGAGGGGUAAAUUGGAGCAUAAGCUUAAAUGGACAUUCAAAAUGUACGACAAAGAUGGCAGCGGAUGCAUCGAUAAGACGGAGCUUCUUGAAAUUGUUGAGUCUAUUUACCGGCUGAAAAAAGCCUGCCACGGCGAGCUGGAUGAAGAGUGCAAUCUGCUGACCCCAGAUCAAGUGGUUGAUCGGAUAUUCGAGCUGGUGGACGAAAACGGAGAUGGGGAGCUCUCGCUGAAUGAAUUUAUCGAUGGAGCGCGGCGGGACAAGUGGGUGAUGAAGAUGUUGCAGAUGGACGUCAACCCCGGAGACUGGCUCGGUGAGCGGAGACGCAGCGCCGACUUCUAGGGCUUGAACAAGGACACUUCUAUACCCUCUUUCACACACAACCUUUGAGUGUGACUGGGAUUUUAUAACUGUUGCAGUUUCUAAAAACAAUCACACAGUCACCCUAGCAUUGUAUACCGUUAUAUACUUUUGAUGUAGGGCCACAAAAAUGUAUUUUCUUAAAUUUGUGCUGAUAAAAAGGCUGUCUUUCUGUCUGCUCUGGUUCAGGCGAUGCAUUCAAUUGAGUUUAUGAGCAACAGAAACCUGUAGAUUUGAUCUAUUUAUUGCCACCUCUUCUAUGUUACUUAUGUGUCUCUAUGUUGUAGAUGCUGCAGAUAUGAAGCAUGUUU